UAUGUAGGUGACCUUUAUCUCUAUUCUCUGUUGAUUUCCAUUUAUCUGCACAAGCUUUCCUCCAUGUUCUAUACAGCUGAUAGUAACUAUUUAAGGGCCUUUGUUGAGAGCAUGGUGAGGAGCUUAUAGGCUCCUGAGCAUUGCAGAGCACUGCUCCUCACACUGUGGGUGUCCCUGUCCUGGGUAACCUUUUCCAUGGUGCUUUGUGCACACUGAGUCCAUGUGCCAGAAGGGAGGACAGCAGUUCUUCGUGCUGAAUGAAGGAUGGGGAUCGUUGGAGGUGGCAAAAUACUUCUGGUUAAUGUAUGAUUUUCCCCAAAUGUUUUAAUAGCUGCUCAGGUAACCUGGUCAAAACCAUAGUUCUCAGGUAUUGGGCUUGGUGUAUCUGUUUGACUCCAGAGGCUGAGCAUCCCCAUGGCUCUCUAAGCUAGGUGGUGUAAGUGCAGUGAUACCUGCCCAACUGAUGUAGCACUGUGAGCCCCAGCAGCUCUCAUCAUGGGCUGCUUGGAGCUGCAAGCUCAUGCUGCCCAGCCCUGUCCUUGGCCAGCAGUCACCCCACUCCAACUCAGCUUGCCCAUGCUGUGCAGCAUUGCUUCUGAGCAUCAAGAGGAGAAUAAGAUGGAAGCUGAGGGUAAGACUAUGGGAAGAAGAGCUUGUUCCCACAUAUCAUGCAAGGUCCAUGCUUCAGUCUCUUAACCUGUGAUGGUAAGUGAUGCCUCUUUGUCACGGGCACAAGCUUUUUAAGUAAAGAGAAUGCUUUGCAGGAGCUCAGUGUGAUAGAGCUGAGGCCUGGUAACUCAAACUGCCAUGAGUUAGGUUAGCUGGUUGCAUUCUCCCCCCAUUUUCUGAAAGCUGACCAUAGUGCAUCUUAACUCCCUGUGGGGAAGGGGGAGGGAGGGAGCUUUGGUUUAUUGGAGGCAGCAGGAAGCCACACGGACAGCGGUGGUGCCUUUGCCAGUGUGUGGUAACUCCUUAAACCUCUGUAACCCAAUCGUGUGUCGGAGCCCCGUGGUCUCAUUUUCAGAAGUUACAGACAUUCUUUGUAUUUAACCUGAUCCUUCCUCCAUCCAAACCUCAGACAAUUCAAAGUUGUGGGGUUUUUUUUCUUUCUACUGAAGAAUUUCCUUCUUCUAAAAAUAAAGCAUUGAGUUUAACCCUCCCUUAGCUUAGAAUCAGCGUGCAGUCAAAUUGAGUUAUUUGUUGGCCGACAUUUGAAAUGUAUCGGUGGAAACAUGCUAAUCCAGAAGUGUUGAUAUUGCAUAAACCAUCAUCAUUAACAUCUCUGUUUCGAUGUCAUUUUGAACUACAGAGUGGACCCCUGUUGUAUGUGAGUAGCAUGUAGCUCCUGCUCCCCAGUCUUCACGACGACCCAAGCCACUGGGAUGCUGGUGUUUCUGAAACUGAGACAACAAUCUGUCCUUAUCUUAACGUUGUCCUGCAUGAUGUAUUGCAUGACUUCACUUUUUCCACUAUUUCAAUACUGCUUUUUCCAAGUUCUGGUUAGAUGCCUAUGCUGGAGAUACGCCUGUAGACCAAACUUAAACUCUUUCCAAAGCACUGAAUGCCUCCUCAGAAAUGUUUUUUGAUUCUAAAGCAAUCUGUCUAAAAAUGAAACCCACUAAAUCCAGUUUAAAACGUUCUACCACCAUUCUUUUCAGCAGCUCUUUUGCACUGUGCAAGGUUUGCACAUAGUAAUGGCCAUGGAAUGUCCACAUGUGAAGGACAGCAAGCAGAGCUGGCCAGGCUGCAGUCACUGCUUCUCACCUCUCGGAGGGCACUGCUGAGUGAUUCCUUCAAACCCUCUGAGAUAACCAUAACCAUGCACUACAAAACAUACUGCAUUCCACUGGAGAACUCCAGUAGAGUGGUUUCAUGUUGUGUUUCAGGGUUUCCCAUGCACAAGGCUGAAUUAGUGCUGUGCUGCACAGAAACACUUAAAGCAUGGACAAAGCAUUCUGGAGUGCAGAGCUUACAGGCAGCACAGCAGUGCUCUGUAGAAAAGCCCAAUUCUGAAGUCAGUGUGCUUUCUUUUCCAGAAUAGAUAGAAUUUGAAAUGUAAGCUGCGACAUGCUUGCUGCGUUUAAUAUACGUAGUGUGGUUUGUUUCAAGCUGUGUGCAGCAUGGGGGAGCUGGAGCGUCAGCUUCUUCAGGCAAAUCCCAUUCUGGAAUCCUUUGGGAACGCGAAGACGGUGAAAAACGACAACUCCUCUCGCUUUGGCAAGUUCAUUAGGAUUAACUUUGAUGUUACUGGUUAUAUUGUUGGGGCCAACAUUGAGACAUACUUGUUGGAGAAGUCUCGCGCUGUUCGCCAAGCUAAAGAUGAGAGGACGUUUCAUAUCUUCUACCAGCUGCUGGCUGGAGCAGGAGAGCACCUCAAGUCUGAUUUGCUGCUUGAAGGAUUUAACAAUUACAGAUUUUUAUCCAAUGGCUACAUCCCCAUUCCUGGGCAACAAGACAAGGAUAACUUUCAAGAGACAAUGGAAGCAAUGCAUAUCAUGGGCUUUUCACACGAUGAGAUCCUGUCAAUGCUGAAAGUGGUGUCUUCGGUGCUUCAGUUUGGGAAUAUUUCCUUUAAGAAGGAGAGAAAUACUGACCAAGCUUCUAUGCCAGAGAAUACUGUUGCACAGAAACUCUGCCACCUACUGGGAAUGAAUGUUAUGGAAUUCACGCGGGCCAUACUGACUCCACGCAUCAAGGUCGGCAGAGACUACGUUCAGAAAGCCCAGACCAAAGAACAGGCAGACUUUGCAGUGGAAGCUUUGGCAAAAGCCACCUAUGAACGCCUCUUCCGCUGGCUUGUUCACCGCAUUAACAAAGCUUUGGACAGGACCAAACGACAGGGAGCAUCCUUUAUUGGAAUCCUGGAUAUCGCUGGAUUUGAGAUCUUUGAGCUGAACUCCUUUGAGCAGCUCUGCAUUAACUACACCAAUGAGAAGCUCCAGCAGUUAUUCAAUCACACGAUGUUUAUCCUGGAGCAAGAGGAGUACCAACGGGAGGGGAUAGAGUGGAAUUUCAUUGACUUUGGACUGGAUCUGCAGCCUUGCAUUGACUUAAUCGAAAGACCUGCCAAUCCUCCCGGUGUGUUGGCGCUAUUGGAUGAAGAAUGCUGGUUUCCUAAAGCUACUGACAAAACGUUUGUGGAAAAAUUGGUCCAAGAGCAAGGAACCCACUCCAAGUUCCAAAAGCCGAGACAGCUGAAGGACAAAGCAGAUUUCUGCAUUAUUCACUAUGCUGGGAAGGUAGACUACAAGGCAGAUGAGUGGUUGAUGAAGAACAUGGACCCGCUGAAUGACAACGUGGCUACACUCCUGCACCAGUCAUCAGACAAAUUUGUUGCAGAGCUCUGGAAGGACGAGAUUCAGAAUAUUCAGAGAGCCUGUUUCUAUGACAAUAUUACUGGUCUUCAUGAUCCACCAGUGGAUCGUAUCGUGGGUCUGGAUCAGGUCACUGGAAUAACAGAGACUGCUUUUGGCUCUGCCUACAAGACCAAGAAGGGAAUGUUUCGUACUGUGGGGCAGCUGUACAAAGAAUCUCUCACCAAACUGAUGGCAACGCUCCGAAACACCAACCCCAAUUUUGUUCGCUGCAUCAUUCCAAAUCAUGAGAAGAGGGCUGGAAAGUUGGAUCCACACCUUGUUCUAGAUCAGCUUCGUUGCAAUGGUGUUUUGGAAGGAAUAAGGAUUUGUCGACAAGGAUUUCCAAACAGAAUCGUGUUCCAGGAGUUCAGACAGAGGUAUGAGAUCCUCACUCCCAAUGCAAUUCCAAAAGGUUUCAUGGAUGGCAAGCAAGCCUGUGAGCGCAUGAUCAGAGCCUUGGAGCUGGAUCCCAACUUAUACAGAAUUGGACAGAGCAAGAUCUUCUUCCGAGCUGGUGUCUUGGCACACUUAGAAGAAGAGCGAGACCUGAAGAUCACAGACAUCAUCAUCUUCUUCCAGGCAGUCUGCAGAGGGUACCUGGCCAGAAAGGCCUUUGCAAAAAAACAGCAGCAACUGAGUGCACUGAAAAUCCUGCAGAGGAAUUGUGCUGCUUAUUUAAAGCUGAGGCACUGGCAGUGGUGGAGAGUCUUCACCAAGGUGAAGCCUCUUCUUCAGGUGACUCGCCAGGAAGAGGAACUUCAAGCCAAGGAUGAAGAACUGAUGAAGGUUAAAGAAAAACAGACCAAAGUGGAAGCAGAACUUGAGGAAAUGGAAAGGAAACAUCAACAGCUCCUGGAAGAGAAGAACAUUCUUGCAGAGCAGCUACAGGCUGAGACGGAGCUCUUUGCAGAAGCUGAGGAGAUGAGGGCUCGUUUGGCUGCCAAAAAACAAGAGUUGGAAGAAAUUCUCCAUGACUUGGAAUCCAGGGUUGAGGAAGAAGAGGAGAGAAAUCAAAUAUUGCAGAAUGAGAAAAAGAAAAUGCAGGGCCAUAUCCAGGACCUGGAGGAACAGUUGGAUGAGGAGGAGGGAGCCAGACAGAAGCUGCAGCUUGAGAAAGUGACAGCUGAAGCGAAGAUCAAGAAGAUGGAAGAAGAGAUCCUACUAUUGGAGGACCAAAAUUCCAAGUUUUUGAAGGAAAAGAAGCUGAUGGAGGAUAGAAUUGCUGAAUGUACUUCUCAGCUGGCUGAAGAAGAAGAGAAGGCCAAAAACUUGGCGAAACUGAAGAACAAACAGGAGAUGAUGAUCACUGAUUUAGAAGAGCGCUUAAAAAAGGAGGAGAAGACACGUCAAGAGUUAGAAAAAGCUAAAAGAAAACUGGAUGGUGAAACAACUGAUCUACAGGACCAAAUAGCUGAGCUGCAGGCCCAGAUUGAAGAGCUGAAGAUCCAGCUGGCCAAAAAGGAGGAAGAGCUGCAGGCUGCUCUUGCAAGAGGUGAUGAAGAAGUGGUUCAGAAGAACAAUGCACUUAAAGUGAUAAGAGAGUUGCAGGCCCAAAUUGCUGAGCUGCAGGAGGAUCUGGAGUCUGAGAAGGCGUCACGCAACAAGGCAGAAAAGCAGAAAAGAGAUUUAAGUGAAGAGCUGGAGGCUUUAAAAACUGAACUGGAAGAUACUUUGGAUACCACUGCAGCACAGCAAGAGCUGAGGACUAAACGUGAGCAGGAGGUGGCUGAGCUGAAGAAAGCAAUUGAAGAGGAAACCAAGAACCAUGAAGCUCAGAUCCAGGAAAUCAGGCAGAGACACGCUACUGCCCUGGAAGAGCUCUCUGAGCAGCUUGAACAGGCCAAAAGGUUCAAAGCAAAUCUCGAAAAAAAUAAGCAAGGCCUCGAGUCUGACAACAAGGAACUGGCCUGUGAAGUGAAGGUGUUGCAGCAGGUCAAGGCGGAGUCUGAGCAUAAGAGGAAGAAGCUUGAUGCUCAGGUACAAGAACUGACUGCUAAGGUCACAGAAGGCGAAAGACUGAGAGUGGAGCUGGCGGAGAAAGCGAACAAGCUGCAGAAUGAGUUGGACAAUGUCUCGAGUCUCCUGGAGGAAGCAGAGAAGAAAGGCAUCAAGUUUGCCAAGGAUGCAGCUAGUUUGGAAUCCCAGCUUCAGGAUACACAGGAGCUACUUCAGGAAGAAACUCGCCAGAAACUCAACCUGAGCAGCAGAAUCAGGCAGCUGGAAGAGGAGAAGAACAACCUGCAGGAGCAGCAGGAAGAGGAGGAGGAGGCCAGGAAGAACCUGGAGAAACAGAUGCUUGCUUUGCAGGCACAGUUAGCUGAGGCUAAGAAGAAGGUAGAUGAUGACCUGGGAACAAUUGAAGGCUUGGAAGAAAAUAAGAAGAAAUUACUGAAGGACAUGGAAUCCUUAAGCCAACGCCUGGAAGAGAAGGCAAUGGCUUAUGAUAAACUAGAAAAGACAAAGAACCGCCUGCAGCAAGAGCUGGAUGACCUGAUGGUGGAUCUGGAUCAUCAGCGCCAGAUUGUUUCUAACCUGGAGAAAAAGCAGAAGAAAUUUGAUCAGAUGCUGGCAGAAGAGAAGAACAUUUCUGCUCGAUAUGCAGAGGAGAGAGAUCGUGCUGAAGCAGAGGCGAGGGAGAAGGAAACGAAGGCGCUGUCUCUGGCUCGGGCUCUGGAAGAAGCCCUGGAAGCAAAGGAAGAAUUCGAGAGGCAGAACAAGCAAUUACGUGCAGAUAUGGAGGACUUAAUGAGUUCUAAAGAUGAUGUGGGCAAAAAUGUCCACGAGCUGGAGAAAUCCAAGAGAACUUUAGAGCAACAGGUUGAAGAGAUGAGAACUCAACUUGAGGAACUGGAAGAUGAACUUCAGGCCACAGAAGAUGCUAAGCUUCGUUUGGAGGUGAACAUGCAAGCUAUGAAAGCCCAGUUUGACAGAGAUCUGCAAGCCAGAGAUGAGCAGAAUGAAGAGAAGAAGAGGAUGCUGGUCAAACAAGUGCGAGAGCUGGAGGCAGAGCUGGAGGAUGAGCGCAAGCAGAGGGGUCUUGCUGUAGCAGCCAAGAAGAAAAUGGAGAUGGAUCUGAAGGACCUGGAAGGUCAGAUAGAAGCUGCAAACAAGGCUCGAGACGAAGCCAUCAAACAGCUGCGUAAGCUCCAGGCUCAAAUGAAGGACUACCAGAGGGAGCUGGAAGAAGCCCGUGCAUCCAGAGAUGAGAUCUUUGCACAGUCCAAAGAGAGUGAAAAGAAACUCAAAGGUCUCGAGGCAGAAAUACUUCAGCUCCAGGAGGAAUUUGCUGCAUCCGAACGAGCCCGUCGACACGCUGAGCAAGAAAGGGACGAACUGGCUGAUGAGAUCGCAAACAGCGCUUCAGGAAAGUCAGCGCUGCUGGAUGAGAAGCGCCGGCUGGAGGCUCGCAUUGCACAGCUGGAGGAGGAGCUGGAAGAAGAGCAGAGCAACAUGGAGCUUCUCAACGAGAGGUUCCGGAAGACCACGCUGCAGGUUGACACUCUGAAUUCUGAGCUGGCCGGGGAGCGGAGCGCUGCACAGAAGAGUGAAAAUGCACGGCAGCAGCUGGAGAGGCAGAACAAAGAGCUGAAAGCCAAACUGCAGGAGCUGGAGGGGUCUGUGAAGUCCAAGUUCAAGGCAACGAUUUCUACUCUAGAAGCCAAGAUUGCUCAGCUAGAAGAACAGCUUGAGCAGGAAGCAAAGGAAAGAGCAGCUGCCAACAAACUGGUGCGGCGCACAGAGAAGAAACUGAAGGAAGUCUUCAUGCAGGUGGAGGAUGAGCGCCGCCACGCAGACCAGUACAAGGAGCAGAUGGAAAAAGCAAAUGCCAGGAUGAAGCAGCUGAAGCGCCAGCUGGAGGAGGCUGAGGAAGAAGCCACACGUGCAAAUGCUUCCCGACGUAAACUGCAACGUGAGCUGGAUGAUGCCACGGAGGCUAACGAGGGCUUGAGCCGGGAGGUCAGCACCCUGAAAAACAGGUUAAGGAGGGGCGGCCCCAUCACCUUUUCCUCCAGCCGAUCCGGGAGGCGCCAGCUGCACAUCGAAGGGGCCUCCCUGGAGCUCUCGGAUGACGACGCGGAGAGCAAAGGCAGCGAUGUGAACGAAGCGCAGCCCAGCCCUGCAGAGUAGAGCCCCACACACCGUUUGCAUGCAGAGACCUUUACACAACAGUCGGCAGAGCGAGGAGGACUUUCCUGACCACCAGACUGCCUUGUGGCCCUAAAUCUGCCUUACUAAACGUCGGCAUGCUACAAGGUUACUUACCAUAGGUCAACUAUGUCUUAAGGCUCUCCAGCCUCACCAUACUGUACCCUGCUUCAGAUAUAGGUACAACCCCUAUUAUAUUUUGUUUUUUUUUUUUUUACAUAUAGUAACAAAAUGGGAUCGUCUCUGUUUCAGUGCAUCUAUUUUCCAGACACUCACUGUAAAGCCAUUUUAUAAAGCAUCAUGUGAAGGAUGAAACUUGGUUAACAAACCCCCCCCACACAAAACUUCAUUCCCAGAGGGUAGGUGGUUGGGACAGCCCCGUUGUCAUGGCUCAGCAUGCUUUGUACAGACAAACAUCCUUCCAUUUCUUCUGAGCUCGGGCAGCCCCUGGCUGUGCUGAGCCCGUUGGAUCAUUGAAGACCAAACUGCACCCUCAUCUUUCUUUUCUCCUAACUGUUGUGAUCGACACACAAUCUGUGAGUGAACUGCAAAGAGCCUCGGGAAGCGUUAGGGGGAAACGUAGGGAUGAGUGAGUAGUGUCCAUCCUUUAACCCUCAGAACCAUUUUGGAGUGUUCUCAGCACCCGCUCCAUCCAUUAAUGUCAUGCAGUACAGGCCAGCAGCGUCAUCGUUCCUCUGUGUACAGUACUUUGCAGCUGUAGCAUCCUGCUCUUCCCACGCCCGACAGGUCUGUAUAUACAUAGUAAGGUUAGAACGAUGUGAACACCAGUGGAAAACAAGCGUCCAGCACAGGCACAGUAACUUAUUGACGUCAGGCUGAGCGCUCUUCAGGACGGUGGCCGUGCUCGCAGCGCUGCGCAGGGGGAUGCUGCCUGCCUGCAGUUAACAUGCCAGUGGAUGUGAAUCCUUUUCUCGUCGUCGUUGUUGUUGGUUUUGAUUUGAGCAGUAUUACAGCGGUAGUUAGCCUUCCUUUUGUUUAAAUAGCUGAAAAACUGACAUUACAGAAAGUGCCUUAGACACUACAGUACUAAGACAAUGUUACAUAAUAUAAUUUGCCUAUAUAACGAUGAUUUAAUGUAUUAAUUUUGACUGUGCUUCAUAUCAUGUACCUCUCUAGUCCAAGUGGUAUUAUGGCUAUUAGUGACAAUGAAUCAGUGUUAAUAGGAACCUUCCUCUGCCACGCGCUCCAACAAAAAGAUACGGAUUUCCUUCUUUUGGUUCAAAGCUUUAACAUCCGUCGCAAAGGUUUUGUUGUGUGUUUGGGUAUUUUUAAUCAAACUGGCUGUUGACCACCAGGCAUCUGACUGCAAAGAUCUUGUUUUCUUGUAUACCCAUAUUUCUAGACAAUGAUUUUUGUAAGACAAUAAAUUUAUUCAUUAUAGCUGUGGCCGCCUGCUCUGUUUACUUACAGGAAGAGCUACUUCUUGAGGCUGGCAUAGACCUUAAUAAAUGAGAAAUGGCUGGAAGCUGA